GUUUAAAUGUUUUUUUGGACACGUGACUACUGAACACAAAAUGAAUAACUCAACAAACUCAUCUAGCAAUGGCUUGGCUAUUACCAGUCCUUACAAGACAUUCGAAGUGGUAUUUAUUGUCCUUGUGGCUGGAUCCCUCAGUCUGGUGACCAUAAUUGGGAACAUCCUGGUCAUGGUUUCCAUUAAAGUCAACCGCCACCUUCAGACAGUCAACAAUUACUUCUUGUUCAGCCUUGCCUGUGCUGACCUCAUCAUAGGUGUUUUCUCCAUGAACUUGUAUACCCUCUACACUGUGAUUGGCUACUGGCCUUUGGGACCUGUAGUAUGUGACCUGUGGCUCGCCUUGGACUAUGUGGUCAGCAAUGCCUCUGUCAUGAAUUUGCUCAUCAUCAGCUUUGAUAGGUACUUCUGUGUCACAAAACCUCUGACCUACCCAGUUAAGCGGACCACGAAAAUGGCAGGCAUGAUGAUUGCAGCUGCCUGGGUCCUUUCCUUCAUCCUCUGGGCUCCAGCCAUUCUCUUCUGGCAGUUCAUUGUAGGGGUGAGAACUGUGAAGGAGGGGGAGUGCUACAUUCAGUUCUUUUCCAAUGCUGCUGUCACAUUUGGCACUGCCAUCGCAGCCUUCUAUCUGCCUGUCAUCAUCAUGACUGUGCUGUAUUGGCAUAUAUCCCGGGCAAGUAAGAGUAGGAUAAAGAAGGAGAAGAAGGAACCUGUGGCCAACCAAGACCCAGUAUCUCCAAGUCUGGUGCAAGGAAGAAUUGUAAAGCCAACCAACAACAACACGCCAGGUGGCGACAGUGGUCUGGAGCACAACAAAAUCCAGAAUGGCAAGGCUCCCCGGGAUGCUGUGACUGAAAACUGCGUUCAGGCGGAGGAGAAGGAGAGCUCAAACGACUCCACCUCAGUCAGUGCUGUUGCUUCCAAUAUGAGAGAUGAUGAAAUAACCCAGGAUGAAAACACCGUUUCUACUUCUGUGGGCCAUUCUAAGGAUGACAACUCUAAGCAAACAUGCAUCAAAAUUGUCACCAAAACCCAAAAAAGUGACUCAUGCACCCCAACGAGCACCACUGUAGAACUAGUUGGGUCAUCGGGUCAAAAUGGAGAUGAAAAGCAGAACAUUGUAGCACGCAAGAUUGUGAAGAUGACCAAGCAGCCUGCCAAAAAGAAGCCUCCUCCAUCCCGGGAAAAGAAGGUGACCAGGACAAUCUUGGCUAUUCUCUUGGCUUUCAUCAUCACCUGGGCACCAUACAACGUCAUGGUACUCAUCAAUACCUUCUGUGCACCCUGCAUCCCCAAUACAGUGUGGACAAUCGGCUACUGGCUCUGUUACAUCAACAGCACCAUCAACCCUGCCUGUUAUGCGCUUUGUAAUGCCACCUUCAAAAAGACUUUCAAACACCUCCUCAUGUGUCACUACAAGAACAUAGGCGCCACAAGGUAAAAGACCUUUACAAAAGAAGAAAGGUGGUCAAGUGAGGCUUGGGAAGAGCAGAGACAAGACAGCUGUCUGUUUUUAGUGACCUGCCAUUGCACUCCACAGUCUUACCGCACAUGUGCAGUUAAGGAGCUCUAGAAUAACACUCUCGCCCUGUCC